AGAGAGAGAGAGAAACAGAGAGAGAGAGAGAGAGAGAGAGAGAGAGAGAGCAGAAGCAGAGACUCUGCAGUGUCUUGGCAGCUGCAGCAGUGCAUCUCCCUCCACCGUCCACGAUGCCUCCACGGAUGAUCGCCGCCUCCUCCGCCUUCACCUGACCGCAGAAACCGAUAUGAAGUCGUCGGGAAACUGAUCCGGACGUUCACACCUGCUCGCUGUCUGUAUCCCACCCCUCCUCUCCCACCUCCUUCCCUUCCGACACUAGAGCUUCAUCCACGCACCCAAAGCCAUUUGGGGACAAUUUUAUUUCAUUGUAUUUUUUUAUUUUUAUUUUUUUAUUUUCAUGGAAAAUGGCGAUAGGAAAAAAAUUUCGCAGCAUCGUCUGCUUAGUAUCAGUCCAAGUCCUCCUGAUUUUCAGCGCAUCGUGGCCUGGAGCAGAGGGUCUCACAUUCCCACAGCAAUACACGAUAAUCCACUGGGCCAGGCGGAUCCAGCAGGAGAUUGACAGAGCCUUUCAGCACAUCACUGGAGUUCAGCAGCUGAAAGGGAUAUACAAUGAAGAAAGGCGACACUUCAAGCUGGCGAAGAAUGAGCCGCGCAGGAUUGUGGAAAAAGUGGCCUUGGAUAUAGAAAAACUCCUGGCAAAGAAACGUAAAGCCCUUGAUCGUUUAGCGAAUGAAGCAGAGCGGCUCCAACGGGAACAUCUAUGGCAGGAUAGACUAAAGGAGCUUGACAUGGCCUACUAUGACUCCAAAGCUGAUUUGGAAUAUUACUCCGUGGAUGGAGAGGCAGAGGUGGAAAACCCCUCCCAACUUAAGCUGGAGUUUGUGUACGAUCCAAACUUCAAAAAUAAUGUCAACUUCUCGCACACCGCAGUUCAGAUCCCGACAGAUAUUUACAAAGGAGCUCCAGACAUCCUGAAUGAGCUGAACUGGACGCAGGCGCUGGAGAGAGUGUUCAUGGAGAACAGCAGGGAGGAUCCGUCGCUGCUGUGGCAGGCGUUUGGGAGCGCGACAGGAGUCACUCGCUACUAUCCAGCAUCUCCGUGGAAAGCGCCUGACAAAAUCGACCUGUACGAUGUCCGGAGGAGGCCUUGGUACAUCCAGGGGGCUUCAUCUCCAAAAGACAUGGUCAUCCUUGUUGAUGUGAGCGGCAGCGUCAGCGGACUCACGCUCAAACUUAUCAAGGCGUCUGUCAUGGAAAUGCUGGACACUUUAUCUGACGACGACUACGUCAACGUGGCCAGAUUCAAUGAGAAGGCUGAGGCAGUGGUCCCUUGCUUCAAGCAUCUCGUCCAGGCUAACGUGCGAAACAAAAAGAUUUUCAAGGAGGCCGUGCAGCAAAUGCAAGCUAAAGGCACCACUGACUACAAGUCUGGGUUUCAUUUUGCCUUUAACCAGCUUCUUAAUAAGACAAAUGUCCCGCGGGCGAACUGCAAUAAAAUAAUUAUGCUGUUUACUGACGGAGGGGAGGAUAGGGCUCAGGAUGUCUUCCUGCAAUAUAACUGGCCCAACAAAACAGUCCGCGUGUUUACCUUUUCCGUGGGUCAACAUAACUACGACGUGACGCCAUUGCAGUGGAUUGCUUGUACUAAUAAAGGUUACUAUUUUGAGAUUCGUUCCAUCUGUGCCAUACGGAUUAAUACCCAGGAGUACCUGGAUGUGCUGGGGCGCCCCAUGGUUCUGGCAGGCGGCGAGGCCAAGCAGGUUCAGUGGACCAAUGUGUAUCAGGACGCUCUGGGUCUCGGCCUGGUAGUGACGGGAACUUUGCCUGUGUUCAAUCUCACUAUGAAUGGAAACUCACAGAAUCAGUUGAUACUAGGCGUCAUGGGAGUGGAUGUACAUCUAGAUGAGAUAAAGCGACUGACACCACGCUAUAACCUUGGAGCCAACGGAUACAUAUUUGCCAUAGAUCCAAAUGGAUAUCUGCUCCUCCAUCCUAAUCUCCAGCCGAAGCCUGUGAACCUCCCCGAACCCGUGACCUUGGACUUCCUGGAUGCAGAAGUAGCGGACAGUAAUAAGGAGGAGAUUCGACGACAGAUGAUUGAUGGAAAACCAGGGGAAAUGCAGAUAAAAACUCUCAUUAAUUCUGUUGAUGAUCAAUACAUCGAUGAGGCAUACAGACGUUACACCUGGACUCCAAUCAAUGACACUGAUUACAGUCUUGGUCUGGUAUUACCUCCCUAUAGUGAGAACUUCAUCCAGGCAGACCUGAGCGAUGUGAUGGUGCAGCUCCAGUAUAUGCAGUCGUUGUUGCCGAGCUCCUUUGAGUCCUCUGGGCAUGUUUUUCUGGCUCCCAGAGAAUACUGCAAGAAUCUGCAGCUUUCUGAUAACAACACACAGUUCCUGCAGAACUUCCUCUCUCUCAUGCUGGAUAUCUCCCCAGAGUCUGAUGAAUGUGAACAAGGUCUCAUCCACAACCUUAUCCUGGAUUCCAGGAUUAUUGGUCAGCUUGCGUCUCGUGUUUGGAAGAAACAGGAUCUGAACGCAUAUGGCUUCCUUGCUGUUUUUGGAUCCACGCACGGAGGAAUAACGCGAGUUUUUCCCAACAUAGCUGCUGAGUUGUGGGACGAGGAUCCAGAACCGUUUAAUUCGGAUUACUACAGAAGAAGUCUGGAUAAUAAAGGCUACAUGUUCAGACCUUCACUGAGACCCUCAGAUGAUGACCCUUUUGGGGCUGAAAACGGCACCACAGGAAUUCUGGUUAGCUCAGCUGUCGAGGUCGAUUUAGGAGGAAAACUGCUCAAGCCUUCAGUGAUUGGAGUGAAACUGGACAUGGAGGCGUGGGUGGACAAGUUUAAAAUCCUGGCCAGCAAUGUUUCAGAUAACCGACAGGGGUCACAUAAGUGUGGACCAUCCAGAAGCUGUGAGAUGGACUGUGAAGUAAACACAGAUGACUUGCAGUGCUAUCUCAUCGAUGAUGGCGGCUUCCUCGUCAUGUCCAAUCAGAGAGAUCACUGGAAACAGAUUGGUCGCUUCUUCGGUGAUGUGGACCCGUUCCUGAUGUAUGCGCUCUACAACAACUCCAUCUUCGCUCGUCGACAGUCCUUCCAGUACCAGUCUGCGUGCGAAAUGGUCACCAGAAGCCACACUGGAUCAGCGCCAAGAGGCAUCUAUGUGCCGUCCAUAGGUGAUGUCUUGAGCUUGGCAUGGUGGACGUCCACACUGGCAUGGUCUGUGAUUCAGCAGCUUCUCCAUGGGCUUGUUUACAGCAGCUGGUUCCACCAAGAUGACAUCUUUAUCGAUGCCUUUGAGACAAAACAAAGCAGCUGUGUGACCAUCCAAAGCCAGUUCUACUUCACAAACACCACCAACUCCUAUAACGUCCUGCAGGACUGUGGGAACUGCUCGCGGCUGUUCCACUCAAAGCGGAUUGAAAACACCAAUUUGCUCUUUGUGGUGGCUGAGACAUUGCCCUGCAGCUCCUGUGAGAUUGAGAAACUGUCACAGAUCAAGAGGGAGUUUCAGGAGGAAAAUCCAUGUGAACUGCUGAGCAAUGCGCGAUAUCGUAGAGGUCCAACUCCCUGCUUUGACUACAGUGCCUUAGAAAACACGUCAGAGUGUGGUCGAGGGUCUUCAUUGCAGGCCUCAAUAGGGACACUUCUCUUCAUUCAGCUCAUUCUGCCUCUCUUUCAUCUCUCACACAUCCAAACACUCUGACAUGUUCCACCUCCUCGGAUUUAGGCUCGGAUCAACGGAAGGUCAGAUCAAACAGCAACUGUGAUGAAUUUUUCCUUUUUUUCUCUCUCUUUGCUGACGACUCAGUGUGUUUGGGAAGCCCUGGAACUGCCCCUGAUAUCUGUUUCCUGCCUUAUUGCUCAUACAUUUCUUGGCUUUUUGAGGGCUUAAAUACAAAAUCCUGGGGGGGGGGGGGAAUGCGUCGAAUGCAUGCAGCUUAACGUCAUUGAGGACAUUAGCAUUUAUUUCCGUUUUCCACAUUUAACAAUAAAAAAGGUCACAGAGGCAGUCAAGGUUUAAAGAGGAGAGAAUAACAAUGAAUUAUAAACCUGCGUGUUUUGAUAUGCUUUCAGUUAACUGAGAUCACAAAAGGUGUCAGAAGCACAUCAUGGAAAUGUACCAUUAUAGGGGAAGUUUCUGCAUUCCAACUUUGUACUGUAUUUUAAAAGCAUUGCAGCAUUUGUGUCUUACGGUUGUUUGUACAGAAACUGAUCUGAGGCAUUUAUCAUCCCUGAAGCCUGUAAGUGUAAAUAUAAUAGUCAGGUGCUGAGUGAGCUUCAUACAAAAAUAUGUUGUUUUCUUAUAUGUUGCUUGUGCUGUCCAAAAAGGACUCCUUUGGCAUUUAGUCAGUUUCAAUACAAAAUCAGCUCUAUAACUGAUAGCAUGCAUGGAAAACAGUGUGUAAAGGUUUGAAAUUUAUUUGAGCAAAGAAAAUCUGAUUUAGAAACCUAAUUUCAUGCUGUGGAAGUUUGCUGAACUUUUACUGGUGAAAAGGUAUUAAACAUAAAAGUCUGCAAGCUGAUUUUCUUUAAGAGAAAAACUAAACAGAUACAAUAAUGUUCAUUUUAUCUUGAAUGAUUACUUAAAAUAAUUUCAGUAUGAACAGGACCAAAUAUACAUUACGUUCAUCCAUCUAACCACAGUUUAAACAUUGUGCAAGACAGUGCACAAGACAAUGAUGGCCAGCCUGAAAUCACACCAAAGAUCAAGUUGGUUUGGCAAAUUAGAUUCCAGGAUUUAAACCCAAGGUCAUCCUGCUGUGAAACAACAGCACUAACAGAUGCUUCACUGUGUGGGUGCCGAUUAAAUCUAGUUAAAGAAUAAAAUGGUAAAAUGCCCUAAAUGUAUGCUUUAACUCCUGGAAAUGGAGCUUAGGCGAAAAUUCAACCUGGGAGACUCGAUCCAGCUGACAUUCAUCUCGCAAUCGCCACGUCCUACCUCAACCAAUCAGGGCUGGAGCAAUUCUCCGCUUCGAGCCUAUCAUUAUCCAGGACCGUCUUCAAAAGCCAAGCUAUCGGAGGGUCGACCCGCUCGUCGCUGCGCACAACCCACCUCCCUUCCCCUCUUCCCCACCUCCGUCCUGACGGAUGUCAUCCAGGAUCCUUCCACAUCCAGCUUCACCACCGGUUUUCGGCCCCAGGGAAGAUUGUCCGAGCUCGGCCGAGCUGAUUUCCCCCCCGCGGUGAUCCACGACUCACAGUCUUCAGCCGGGCCCGAGCGCCAAAGAAAUCUGUAUCAUUAAAUCUUCUAACUGCUAUUCUCUUCUCUGUGAGAGUCUCUCCAGAUUGAAAUGACUGUACCCAUUAAAAUAAGUGUUAAGGAAAGGAUUAUCUAAUCAAAAAGGAGAGAAAAUCAGCUGCGACUAUGAACAUAUCUCUAAAAUUUUAGGAAGCCUAUGUGAAUUUCAAGCUAAUGAAGAUGCAGCCCACUUUUCCACUUAAUUAUUAUUCUAAGCUGUUACUACCACGGUUUUCACAUCCAUGGGUUUGAAACUAACUACGCACCAUGUUUCCUUUGUGCCUGUUUAUGUUUGCAUGUUCAGUCCUUGUCUCACCUCAGCACAGGAAGCUCACUUACUGCAGCUGCAGCUGUUUUUACAUGAUGGUAGAUCUGAGCCUUAACCUCACAUUCACUGCAGUGUCUUUGACUCCAACUCUGAGGCUUGUUAAGACAGUUUGAGAAAUGCUUUAUGGGUCAAAUAUGACAGGACCCUUGACGACUUCCUUCUAGUCUCCGGGGCAUGUUUUCAUCUUGUAUGUCUUUAAAUUGAACUAGAGUUGACCACCCAAAGUUUGACAGUUGUAGCAUGGGAAAAGCCAAUAUAAAGAAAAACAUGACAUAUGUUACAUGAUACAUAUCAGUAUCUCAUUUUGUUUUGUCAUAAGGUUAACAAUAGUAUUUAUGGAAAUGCUUUACAGCUGCUCAGUGGGUUUUGGAUGUUGUCCAAGGAAGUAGAAUCAAACAAUGAGUGAUUGGUUUAAUAAACUAUCAAUGCAUCAGCAUCAAUUACAACAUUGAUAGACAUAAUGAUAUUAUCCCCACUCUCUGUGUUCAUACAAUGUUAGAAUUGAAUAAUUCUGAAUGUGUUUCACUUAUAAAAUUAAUGACAGUGUGUGACCGACAUGUUUUAUGCAUUUGAGACACCUUUUUGUAACUUGCAUUGCCAAAAUGUUGUCAACUUUGAAUUUAUGCACUUGUGUAUGCUUCUGUACGGAGAAUGUAGCUUAUAGAGAGCUUUGGUGUUGUCAAUAUGAUGUGCUUGUUGAAACCACAUCCUGAUUUUAUUUGGCAUGAUUCACUGUGGCAGAACGUUUGUGUUUUAUUAUGUGUACCCUAAGAGAGACUUAAGUCAGGAGUCUGAUUUUAUUCUGAACUAAGUGUACACAAAUACAAGCUUUUUGGUUUGUGCUUGGUCACAACAUUUAUACCUUACUAUCCUCUAACCACCUCAGUACAAGGGGAUAUUACAAUACUUCAUAUCUCACACAAACUCUAUAAUGCAUCAUCAGCCAAUAAACCCAACAUAAUUGGGUAGUACUUAGGCAAAGGCUAGUAAACAUGUGGGUUGGAUUUUCUUUAAUUAAACAAAAACAGUUUUAAUAGUUAUAUCAAGUGCAUGUCAGUUUGCACUUUUUGUUAUUGCACAACAUUUUAGAUAAACUUUUUUUUGCUGAUGAAUCUAAAAAACAUUUCCCAAUGUGAAGAGGAAAUAUCACAUAUCAGAGAUUAGAGUACACAUGGUGAAAUCCAGAAUGAAUCUUCUGCAGUGGUUUAUGCUCUUUUGUCUUUUAAAAUUGUUGGGGGGUUUUCUGGCUGCUGACUUACCUGGUGUGUAUCUUAAAAAACUUUUCAAAAAAGUACUUGUAAAGCAAUGUUUUUCUUUGUCAGCCUGGUGUUCAACCCUGCAGUGCCUUGCUGCACUCCCCAUUUUGGAUUACAGCAUUGAGCUGUGGACAUUCAGCGUGAAAGACACCAUGAAGAAUUGGAGCAGUCCAGCUUUUAAAGGUCCUAGGAAUAUUAAAAGAUGCUCAUUGUGGACAUUUUUAAAAGGAGCACAGUUGUGAAAGAGCACAGCAAGCGGACGGUCUGCAGAAACCCCCUGAAAUUCUUGGAUGGACAGAACCUUGCUGUGGUUCUGCUUUGUCUCAUUGAUUUCUACACUGUGGUUCCAUCUUAAAUUAAAGAAUAGACUCUAGAUUUCUACUUAAUUCCAUCAACACGCACUCAGUUUGUAUGUUAGGCACCUACUGGAGAGGUUUGCAUAUAAGUUAGGAGUGUCUGAAUUAAAUGAACAAAUAUCUAUUUCAACAAAACAGACUGUUUUGCAUCUCUUCUGGACCCGAGCAUGACGAGAACUUGGAGAAUAAAGAUCUUCUAUUGGUCUGCUUAAGGGAAAGUGAGUUUGAGGAACUUUGCAGCCUACAGCACAAUGUUGACUGAGGCAUUGAUUUACCUUAAAUGACCUGUAUUUACUUGCAUGAUAUUUUGGACACUUUACAGAUAUGUGUAUAUAGAUACUGAUGAGUAUUUUACAUUCAUGUCUGCAUACAGCUCUGCAAGUCUGAGGCUGUGCCCUUUUUAGAUAAACUGCACGUGAAGAGGAGGCUGCAGAUGAAACUGAAAGUUUGACUUCAGUGAAGCCUACAGGGACUGAUGGUAUAUUGGGGAUUUAGGUAUUUUGCAGCAAGUGAAAGCACAGAGAAGUUUAAAGUUAUGAGCAACAUACUGCCCAAUGAAAAUCUCUUUUAUGUAGAAAAAAAAAAGACUCAAAUUCUGUUUGAAACACUGAAUGUUAAUUAUGUGUAUCUAAGUUGUGUAUAUGAAAAUAAGACACUUUCGGACAACCAUCAACUUGCUUUGUUAAUGAGAAAUAAAAUGUCAGUAUUGCUUUUUUUAAAUUUAUGCAAUAUUUUAUGUUUCUUUAUUUUGAACUUUCAAAUAACAGAUAGAAACUGAAUGUACUUGAAGUUUCUGAGGGCGCAGGGAGUCUAAAUUGAUAUAUAGUAAAUUACCCUGUGUGUUUACAUCCUCAGAGUUUUUGGAAAACAAACAGUAAAAUAGUUUUUGCUGUGACUUUGCUUUUCAUUUUGCUGAUGUCGUUGUUUACUCUGGAACGUGUCCUCUCUUUGUGCCAGUCUCCAACACCGCCUCAUUUUGUACAGACAGUGUGACACAGUCAGCAGAAUAUAAAGGAUGAAUUUGUAAAAAUUUUGUCAGUCUCAUUAGAAAUUUAAAUGUUUAUAUCUUUGGUGAUUAAAUGCUGUUGAUAUUUUUCACUUCA